UAUUGGUUUAAACGGCCAAGUUUACUUUGGAAGUGUACAUAACAUAAGAAUACGGUAUUUGGCUCGUGACGAGGGCGAGUAACUAACUGUAUAUAUCUGUUUCUCUCUUAAAGCAUUUAGAAAAAGAAUCCCUGUAUGCAGAGGACCACCCAUUAGCUUUGGCUUUAGAGCCAUAUAUAUAAAUAUCUCUGCGUCUUUCCUAAAAAUACAAGAACUUGGAGUGUGGUGUCAUUGAGUAGUAAUUUGCAGCAAUGGAGCUGUUCUACUUCAUGGUGUUCGGGGCAUUGUCAGCGGUGGUGGCAGCAUUAGAGCUAAGCAAGAACAGCAAGGAUCGAAUCAACACAUCCCCGGCUUUCAAUUCCUUCAAGAACAAUUACCUUGUUGUUUACUCUCUCAUGAUGGCUGGAGACUGGCUGCAGGGUCCAUAUGUUUACUAUCUUUACAGUACAUAUGGCUUUGGAAAAGGGGACAUUGGACAGCUUUUUAUUGCUGGUUUUGGAUCCUCCAUGUUGUUUGGGACAAUUGUUGGAUCUCUAGCUGACAAACAGGGCCGGAAGAGAGCAUGUAUUACUUACUGCAUAACUUACAUACUUAGCUGCAUCACCAAGCAUUCUCCCGAAUACAGAAUUUUGAUGAUAGGUCGAGUUUUGGGAGGUAUCGCUACCUCUCUUCUGUUUUCAGCAUUUGAGUCAUGGCUUGUUGCUGAACAUAAUAAGAGGGGCUUUGAGCAACAAUGGUUGUCACUAACAUUUUCAAAGGCAAUAUUUCUUGGGAACGGUCUAAUUGCCAUUUUGUCUGGGUUGUUUGGGAACCUACUUGUUGAUUCAUUAUCCCUUGGACCUGUGGCUCCUUUUGAUGCUGCUGCAUGCUUUCUUGCUAUUGGGAUGGCCAUUAUUUUUUCAUCAUGGACUGAAAAUUUUGGAGACCCCUCAGAAAAUAAAGACCUGCUUACCCAGUUCAGGGGCGCUGCUAUAGCAAUUGCUUCUGAUGAAAAAAUUGCUUUGCUGGGUGCCAUCCAGUCUCUGUUUGAAGGUUCAAUGUACACCUUUGUGUUCCUUUGGACCCCUGCCUUGAGCCCCAAUGAUGAGGAGAUUCCUCAUGGUUUUAUUUUUGCCACGUUCAUGUUGGCUUCAAUGUUGGGAAGUUCCCUUGCCUCUCGAUUGAUGGCUCGCUCUGCACCCAGGGUAGAAAGCUACUUGCAGAUUGUUUUUGUGAUUUCCUCUGCCUCUCUCCUGCUUCCCAUUAUAACCAAUUUCUUGGUAGCACCUUCUAAAGUGAAAGGCGGAAGCAUCUCAUUUGCAGGUUGUCUCCAGCUUCUCGGCUUCUGUACUUUCGAGGCUUGUGUAGGGAUAUUCUGGCCGUCCAUUAUGAAAAUGAGAUCCCAAUACAUCCCAGAGGAGGCUAGGAGCACGAUUAUGAACUUUUUCCGUAUUCCACUCAAUAUCUUUGUCUGCAUCGUGCUGUAUAAUGUUGACGCAUUUCCCAUCACCAUUAUGUUUGGUAUGUGCUCGAUUUUCCUCUUCGUGGCAUCUAUCUUGCAAAGACGGCUGAUGGCAAUUUCCGACAAACCAAAGAUGGAAAGUUGGACAGCAAUGGACCCUGAGGCUGAGCCACUGAAUGAUUGAGUGAUGUUGGGCGGGCCGUAGACCAUCAAGGAUUCUAUCAAGGUUGAAAAAAAACACCGGUAACUUCAUUCCUUAUACUGUUGCAAUUGAUGGAGGAUUGUAGUUUUCAUUUUAAUAGAAGAGGUUACAAUAUAUAUUAUAUAUAAGAAAAUAGUGGUCUGGCCAGUAAAGAAAUUGGGGCUAUAAGGUCACUUUUAAGUAUGGUUUUCGGCUCUGUCAGUCGAUCAGUACAGUAAUUAAUCCAUUUUUAUAUUUUGUAUUAUAUGUUUUCUUUUUUGUUAGUGAAAUUGCACCAACUUCACUAUUUCCAUUGAAAUAUAAUAUAUUUCCUUUUGUC